GGGAGUAUUUCCAGAAUAUAUAAUUUAUUCAUAUUAUAUAUAUUUAAAUAUAUAUAUAUCCAUUAUAUAUAUGUGUUGUCGUUUGCCACCACUUCCUUUCCACACUUCUUCUCUUUUUUAAGCUUUUCCUCUUCGCUGCAUGCGCUCAGCCGACAUGAGAGCUUCCGGCAAGCGCUCAACCGCAUCGUCGUCCCGCCACCAUGAAUGUGAUUGUGAUGAUCCUUCAAGCUGUCGACAUGCCGUCAAGGGAACCGAUGCUAAAUCCCAGGCCAAGGCUAAGAAAGCUCAGCAUGACGACCUCGAGGCACUGCAAAUCACAUUUUACGAAAUUGAAUCAUGGAUUGAGAAAACAACCCCUGUCUUGAAUCGUAUGACGAAAGAACUGGAGAAAGCUUCGGUUCAUUUUGAUAAACGCAAGAAAGACGUCGAACCACCCCCGGUGGAAAUGAUUCCUCCGCUGGCAACCACGUCUGCCAACCCACUCCCUACCACCACCCCGGCCACGUUAGACGAGCAACAACGAAAAGUGCAAUGGACCUUUUCAUUCGAGCCUCAAGGAAGCAUGAGUUUGGAAACCAACAUUACCAGUAUUGAUCAACUGGUCGAUGCCGUGCACAAAAUCAAGCUUUUAGCCAAACCAGAAGAGAUACAGCAAGUAGAAAAUGAUUUAAUCAAUGUACAAAAUAAGAACUUUCAACAGGAGGUUGAUCCUCAAGAUGAUAAGGAAAUAGAAGAAAAGCCUGCUGAUGUAGAUCCUACUUUGGAAUUCUGGUCAACCGCUCUUGGCUUACGUCCUGAGCCUCAGUUUUUCGACAAGGGCGUCAACGAAACUGCACGUGAAGUGGCCGAUCAGGUAUCGCCGCAGGUCUUGCAAUAUAUCUGUCAAAUCUAUUGGGAUUGCUUGCAUCCUAAAUUCUCGGGAGACUGGGAUACUUUUUGGCACCGAUCCGACGACCCCAAGCGCAAUCAAUUAUGUGUCGAUUCUGCCCUGGCUAUUGUCUUUUUGCAUGUGGUUCGUCAUGACAAAACCAUUUGCCCCAAUGGUCAUGAUAUUGCUCGGGUUUAUUUUGACCGCGCUCGCGAGCUACUGACCGAUUGCUUCGAUACCCCCGACUGCUCUACCAUCGAAGCCCUCAUGAAUCUUGCCAUGUUCUUGGUUUUGUGCAAAAAGCAUUCACAGGCACGACUCUACAUGGGCCUUGGCAUUCGUAUCAUGUUGGAGCUUGGCAUGCAUAGGCGAAGAAAUUUACCUGAAGACCUUGUCCUACGUAAAAGGUAUCUCAAAGCGUUCCUCGUGGUCUAUUACAACGAUCUGGUGUUGGCCGCCUACAUGGUGGAUUGCGCCCAAUUGGACGACAAGGCAUGCGAUAUUGAUUUUUACGAAAUGCUCACGUUAAACCAAGAAUUAAUGGAUAACGACUUGGCCAAGUUUGACGAUAAAACCAUUGCCAAAGAAACGUUUUUUGUCCAUCUAUUGGAGUUAGCCAAAAUCGGCAAAAAGGCCCAAAUUUUAACAGAUGAGAGAGCCCAAAGCAAAGGCGAACCAAGUUCUCGCUGGAUUGAGAAAGUCGCAGUGUUAGAGUCUUCUCUCAAUCUAUGGUAUCGUCGUUUACCGGACUAUUUACGCAUCGACCCAUCACCGUCUACGUCGACUUCGUCGUCAUCAUCCGUGUCAUCCAAUCAAUCGUCGUACUAUCCACGACGACGAAAACAACAUCAGCACUAUGUAUCACCGGGCAUUACUCCUUCCCCGCCCGACACUGCUUCGCCACCGGAUUUAACUCAGUCCAUGGAUGCCCAAGAGCUCCGGGAUCAGUCGGCCCUUUUAUUGAUGUUGCAAUACCAAACACAAUGGAUCUUACUGCAUAAGUCCUUCUUACCAGCAUCUUUAUCUCGCUCGCCUGUCACUUCUCCUGCUUCAGAGUCGCUCCCUCCCCGCGUCUUGUUUCAAUCUUCUAAAUCAUCUCCCAACCGAUACGCUAACUUGUCCCACGCUAUUUGUACGGACGCCGCAAACCGUAUCGUCGUGAUCGCAGAUCUGAUUACUCAGCAAUAUGGAUGGUGCGUGUUCCAACAAUUCGUCAAUUGCUUAUAUCAAUCAGCUACCAUCCAUUGCCGAAAUACCUUGAGUCGUGACGAAGGCAUUCGGCGCAAUGCUAGAUAUAUGAUCAAACGGAUUCUCAAGAUUCUCAGUAACGGCAGUAUCCAUUAUCAAGGACUUCCAGCCGAUUUGACGAUCUGCCUUCAGCAGUUCCUCACUUUACACGGAAUGCACAUGGAUGUGGAUGGUCAGGAUACCUAUGGACUGGAAUCAGGUGAUGUAGGGGAUCUGUGGGGAGAUGACUUGACCAUGUCCAGCGAGAUGCCUUCCACCGGAGCGCCUACUCCGAACGCCCCCCUUUCACAAGAAGCACUUCAAAAGUUUUUGGUGGAAGGACAAGUUGAUUCCGUCAUGAUGGAUUAUCAAGUUGAUGGGUUGCCUGUCAAAAUGGAACCCGAGGAUGUGUUCAUGACCGGCAUAGCAGACGAUCAAAUUAAAAACUGGAGAUGUAAAUUCUCCUCUACCAAUGCUCCUCACUUGGCUCAUCGCAUUCCCUAAACUGCUACUUCUUUUUCUUCUUUAACGGCUAUUGUAUUUCGGUUGCCUUAUUAAUGCUGCUGCUGCUUAAAUCUAUUAUUCACAUCCACUGGUUUGUAUCAUUAUUACCUUCCGUUUGCUAUGUUGACAGACAUGGCCAUUGUACGUCCGUAGAGCCCCCUUUUUUCUUUCUUUCCUUCUUUACAACUUAAUGCCUUUGAUCUUGCCGUGCUCUACACCUUUACCCUAUUUUCGUAUCAGUUUUUGU